AUGAGGAGACCAACCCAAGCGCACCUCGCCGGCACUGCCGCGCUCUUCCUGCUACUGGCAGCCACCAUGCCGGCGACGGCAGUUGCCGUGGUGUCUUCCGAGGCCGAUGCCCUUCUAGCAUGGAAGGCCAGCCUCGUCAACGCGACCGCGCUAUCUAACUGGACCCAGGCCACGCCGGUCUGUGACUGGGAUCGGGUGCACUGCAACAAUGAAAGCGCCGUGGUGGAACUAAGACUAAAUGUACUCGGUCUAUCAGGCGGGCUCGAUACGCUCGACACAGUGGCGUUCCCGGCGCUCGCCUAUCUGGACCUUAGCAUCAACCACCUUGGCGGCGCCAUCCCGGCCAGCAUCUCGCGGCUGCGCUCCCUCAAAUCACUCGACCUCAGCUAUAAUGGCUUCAAUGGCUCCAUCCCGCCGCAAUUUGGUGACAUGCCAAGCCUCGGCGACCUCAUUCUCAACAGCAACAGGCUCGUCGGCAAUAUCCCACGGCAGCUCUGCAGGCUCAUCUCCACACGGAUACUGCGAAUCUCUGAAAACCAGCUCAGCGGAGAGCUUCCCAACUGCUGGUGCAACCUCCGGUCUCUGGAGGUCAUGGACCUGUCAAGCAACAUGCUCAUCGGGAAGCUUCUGGAUUGCUGGUGGAACCUGGAGGCUCUACAGCAGAUGCACCUGGCCAAUAACUCCUUCUCAGGUGAAUUCCCGGCAGCUACUGUAAGCCAUAACUGCUCUCUCAUCACAUUAGAUCUCUCCCGAAAUGCUUUUGUUGGAGCUUUCCCACUAUUGGAUGGUUGCCACUCGCUGGUCGGCCUCGACAUCAGCAGCAAUAGGUUCAGCGGCUCCAUUCGGCCGCAGCUCGGUGACAUGCUCGGUCUCUUCAUCGUCCGGCUCUACAAUAACAGCCUCGUUGGUAACGUCCCACACCAGCUCUGCAGGCUCCUCCUCAUUGGCAAUCUAGAUUUGUCCGACAAUCUGCUUGCCGGGGAGCUCCCGGACUGCUGGUGCAACCUCAAAUAUCUGGUGUUCAUGGAUCUAUCUAAUAACCGGCUCACGGGGAAGCUCCCGAACUGCUGGUGGAACCUGAAGGCUCUGAGUUUCAUGGAUCUAUCCAACAACUCCUUCUCAGGUAAAAUUCCCGCGGCUGUGGCAAGCUACAACUGCUCUCUUAGGUCACUUUAUCUCGCCGGAAAUGGCUUUGUUGGUGCUUUCCCGCCGGUCCUAGAGGGUUGCAACUCCCUGACCACUCUGGAUCUAGGGAAUAACAUGUUCUUUGGUGUUAUCCCUCCAUGGAUUGGGAGUCAGGUUCCAAUGCUUAGAAUCCUUAGUCUCAGAUCAAACAACUUC